GAUAUAGCACUGAAAUGUAGUCGUGCAGUUAUGCCAUAACUUACGGUUUCGUACAGUUAGAUGUCUUUGGCUGUACGCCUAUGGCAGACGAACUAAUAUUGUCUUAUUUUAUGCUUCUGGGGUGGAAUGCAGAAGUUAAUUAACAGAACUGGCGGUUUUCUCGGCGUUCACAGAUUUUGUCUCACUAUAUAUAGCUUCUGCACAAUGUCCUCUUCGUCUGGAGAAAGUGUGGACAACUCGAAAACCGGUGAUCGGGUAAUAUGUCGCCGUCUUUUAAAUGUCACCGGUGAAGGGGAAAAACGAAAUAAUGUUGUCUGUUGCAGUGAUAUAGAUAUACUGAGUGCAAAACAACACGUGCUUUUCUUCGGAGGAGAUGUGCAAGACUAUCCAGAAUACAUGCAGUGCCAUCCCGUUAAUAAGAGAUACAGUCAGUGGAAUCUAGAAGAAACUUGUCGGAUCCUUCAGAAAAGAUUCAGGCAGUCCGCCAUUUUCGUUAUCAAAGCAACCAAAAUGCACUUGAACACUUUCAGUGUCUAUUCCAACUUUGUCGAAUCCAACGACUUUGGAUGUCCAACACAUCAGCCUGGAUUUGGAUCCUGGCGUCAGUUGAAGACAAUGUACGACAACAUCUUACUAACAGUGUCAACGGACUCCGAAAAGGUAGGCAAUACCAGCUGUACGACCGACUCUUGUUCCGCCUCUUGUGAGAUUCCUCUCACAGUCAUAGGCUUCAGUAAAGGGUGCAUAGUUCUCAAUCAGUUGCUUUACGAUUCGAAGGAAACGGAAGACGACCCAGAGUUGUCUGCCUUUGUUAAGAAAAUUAAAGAAUUUUAUUGGCUGGAUGGUGGUCAUAGCGGUGGUCGCAACACGUGGGUGAAGGACAAAGAUGUAGUAAGGUUCUUGUCCACACUUCCGGUGAAAGUGUUUGUGCACGUGACCCCCUACCAGGUGAAAGACCCAAUGCGUGCCUGGAUUGGAAAAGAACAGAGGCGAUUUGUAAAGCUGCUGAAAGAGUUUGGAGUAGACGUUGACGAGGCACUUCAUUUUGAUGCCGAGCCAGGAUCCAUUGAGAACCAUUUCAAAGUGCUGACUGUUUUUUAGUUACACUCUUUGUAUAUAGGUUAAUACAUAUUCAAUUUGUCAUAUUUCACUGUUUAAAUCAGAAUCCGGUUGAUGAUGUUUAUUCGUAAUAAGAUAGUAUAGGUCAGAGUUUCAGAGGGUACGAAGGAUAAAAUUGUGUACUCUAACAUUUUAAUAAUUUUACGAAAGUUUAUAGUAAGAGAACCACUGCUUGAAAUCUGACAGGGUACCGUACAUGAAAUUAAUUGUCCAAAGAUAUCAAACUCAUAACCACAUAAGUAGGGCACUUAGGACCUGUCUUGUUUUUAUUACGUAGCAUUAAAUUAUUUGCUUGUAGAAAGCCUGUUGAUAAUCUAGAAUUUUUAUUAUUCUAAUUCCAGUGACCCGAUAACGCCUAGGCUAGUUCGAAUGUUUUUUUGCCCUAUUCUGUUUAUGUGUGAGGAUACAGCUAGAUUGCAAUUAGUAUUAUAAACUGUCAGUUUCGAUAUUUCAAACGACUAAAGGGGCUUGAAGUACUGUGUCAUAAGUUUCUAAAAUCUGAUGUCACAAACUUUUAAUUUUAUUAUUUUGGAGUUCAUCCAUAACAUUAAACUUAUAUGUUGUUGACUACUAGUACGAAUACUACAAGAAGAAAAAAACGACGACAUACAUCUCCAAAACACAGAAUGAGCGUGUUUUCAAUAGAGCUUUUUGGUUUAUUCUUGUAGAAUUUGUACUGGUUACUAACAUGUUAGCUUAGUAUUAUGAUUAAACUUGAAAAGGAUCAAACUAAAGGUCUGUAGUAUCAUAUUUAGGAAAAUAUAUUAUGUAUUUAAGACACAUUAAGACACAUUACUUGGCGACUAUUUGGUUGUUGAAGAAAAAAAAAUGUUACACAGAUCACUCUAGGAUUACCACAAUCUCCAGUGACUGGGUCCGGGACAGAAGGGGACGGGUGUGAGUUGGAAAUUGGCAGACUUUUGGAAUAACAAUUGGUGAAAAAGUAAAAAAAAAAAAAAAAAAAAAAAAAAGAAGUUAAGAAGCCAAAAAAAAAAAAAAAAAACAUUGACUGAUCGGCCGAAUAUGUAUAUAAUUUGGAACAGUCGAAAAAUAAAUGAGAGAAAGAUAAGAAAAUAGGAUUAUUUAAUAAUAUAGAAAAACAAUAAUUUUGACAUAAAUUUUUUAACGAAAGUCGAAAAGUUUAAAGGUUGGACAUAUAUGUCCACAUGUCAAGGGUGUGAAGGCACACAGCUUGUUAUGUAGGAACGAGAUGUGGAAGGUGUAAUGAUGUGCUGAAAUACAGAUCUUGAGAGCACUCUAUAGCUCUGAUUCAACAUAUAAAUGGGACAGGACAUUCA